AUGCCUGGAAUCGAGAUCCGCAACGCCUCCGGCUGCCAGGUAUACGACAUCCGACGGCAGCAAGGGGGCUCAAUCGACUUACAGUCCAUGAUCAGGGCUGGAAUAGCAUCGACUCCGAAGUCAUUACCGUCUCUGCUGCUUUGGGAUGAGGAAGGGUUGAGACGGUUUGAUAAAUUCGCUGACAGCGGGCUAUACUACCUCCGGAACAAGGAGCUCGAAAUCCUCCAGAAACGUGGCCUCGAGAUCGCUGCUGUCGUCCCUACGGGUAGUGUCCUGAUAGAACUUGGAUGUGGGAGCCUGCAGAAGACGGGACGACUCCUCCAAGCCCUAGAAAACCAAGAAAAGGCCGUUCGCUACUACGCCUUGGAUGUUUCGCUCCGCGGACUGACAGAGAGCCUGAGCGAGCUGCGUAAGGAGCUAGGCGACCUACGCUCGGUCGAUAUAACCGGUCUCUGGGGCACAUACGAUGACUGUGUCAGUUGGAUAUCAACCCAGUCAGAUCUAGAGCCUCUCAACACCGUCACCUUUUUCUGGAUGGGAAACAGUGUCGGGAAUAUGGAUCAUCACUCGGAGGCCAGCGCAUUACUGGCGCAAUUCAAGGAUGCGUGCCAAGCGUCCAGUCUACGCUGUCAAUUCCUCAUUGCAGCGGAUGCAUGCGAGGAUAUCCAGAUGAUUCAGAAAGCCUACGAUACGCGCAAUUCAGCCCUUCACGCGUUUAUCCUGAAUGGUCUGAUCCAUGCCAAUGCUGUUCUGGGGCGCGAGGCCUUUUCCCUCGAGGACUGGUCGUGUGAGUCAGAGUUUUCCCCCGAUGAGAGCCAGCUCGAGGUAUACUAUACCCCAUGCCGGGACGUGCAGGUGGAUGUCGGCGACGGUUGCAUCUACCACAUUAAACGAGGCGAGCGAAUCCGGGCAAUUUCCAGCGGCAAAUGGGGGAAAAGCUUAAUGGUACAGGUGGUCUCGACGGCUGGCCUGCGGAUGAAUCGCGUCUGGGGAGAUUGCUCCGGGCUAUAUUAUUUUUACCACCUAAAGUCUGGCGCGGGGGAGUCAGGACGGUUGUGGGCAGGAGCAGAGUAA